AUGGGGUCUGUUUCCAACCAGCAGUUUGCAGGUGCGAAGCCGGGCGAGGAGCCGGCCGGAGACUCCCCCAAGGCGGAGAACGAGCCCCAGCCGCUGCACGGCUCCGGCAUCUGUAAGUGGUUCAAUGUCCGCAUGGGCUUCGGCUUCCUCUCCAUGACCGCCAAGGGCGGCGCGACCCUGGACUCCCCUGUCGAUGUCUUCGUGCACCAGAGCAAGCUUCACAUGGAAGGCUUCCGCAGCCUGAAGGAGGGGGAAGCUGUGGAGUUCACCUUCAAGAAGUCCUCCAAAGGCUUGGAGUCCAUCCGGGUGACCGGCCCCGGGGGGGUCUUCUGCAUCGGCAGCGAGAGGAGACCCAAAGGCAAGAGCCUCCAGAAGCGCAGAUCCAAGGGAGACAGAUGCUACAACUGCGGCGGGCUGGACCACCACGCCAAGGAGUGCAAGCUGCCCCCACAGCCCAAGAAGUGCCACUUCUGCCAGAGCAUCAGCCACAUGGUGGCCAACUGCCCGGCGAAAGCACAGCAGUCGCCCAGCUCGCAGGGCAAAGCUGCCUGCGGCCGAGAGGAGGAGGAGAUGCACAGCUCCGCCCUGCUCCCCGAGCCCCGCGAAUGA